AGCCUCUCGGUGUCAGUUGAUGAGGAAGCAAACUGAGAAUGAGGUAAAGCUGAAUCCUGCUGCAGAGCAACCACAGGCAGAGCAGCUUCUUGCAUGUUGUUGCCGGAUGAUGUUUUUUGAAAGACAGGAAGUGAGAGAAGAGCAGAGGUAGAAGCAGAGAGGACUGAACCGAAGAUCGCUGUAAAUUACAAGCAGGAUCUCAUGAGGUUAGGUAAAAGAAGCUAGAGUUGAGAGAAAUUCAUUAAGAAACUCUAAAGGUUGGCUAUGGGCACUGAGGAGAAAGAUUUAGAGCCCGCUGCACAUCUUCCAUCAAAGGAGCAGGGAUCACCCAAGAAGGAAAAGGAUCCUCCUGUUGAACACCCUCAAACAUCUGAGACCGCCGACCCCCUCAACACCUACAAGUGGCACACUGACUCCAAGGGAACGCUCAAUUAUGCCAAAGAAGAUGGAGACAGAGGUGCAGCGUCCUCCAACUCUACAAUCGAUAAAAUUCAGAAAGCUUCUAGCAACAAAUGGAGCAAGGUCCAAAACUGGCGCAAAGCUCUAAGCGAGGACACUGGAGACAAAAAUGCACCCAGCACUAGAGUUGCAGAGGGACCCAAACCCGAUAAAGGGGCCGGGGGAACCAAGAAGAACCCAUUCAGACGGGCCCUGUCUGAGCCUCCUGGAUCGCUCUUUUCAGCCCUGACUCCAUCCUCCAGCUCUUUCAACUCCGCUCAAGCAGCUUCAUCCUCAUCUGCAGCAGCUGCAGAUGCCCCAGGGGGGUCCUCCAUCGACCCUUCACAGAAAGGAGGCCUAAAAAAAUACCUGUGGAACGUGACCCAGAAACUCAAGAGGCCCCGGCUGCAGAGCCGUAACAGCGCUUCAGCUUUACUUCAAGAUCUGGGAAAAUCGGAACGAACACCAAAUGUCCCAACUGAGCCUCCAAAAUUAGAGUGGGUCCCACCGCAGGAAGUCCCCUUAUGGGACAUCAGCAACUGUUGCCUUGACAAUGGACAAAUUCUCAUUUCCCAGGAGGAAGAGCCGACGACAUGGAUCCGAAACCGUGUCAGCAGCUGCUUGUCCAACCUUAGCAUGCAGAAUCUUGCAGAUAUCGACUUAGAAUGUAGCCCCGACCCCGUGGGCCAGCCAGGCGGGUCUCGACCCAAGAACCAGGAUGGUGGUGUACGGGCGCUGAUCAAACGACGCCUUGACAAGGCCAAAAGGAACAGUGCCACCCAGCUGAACCCGGCUCUGAACAAACUAAGCAGAGAGUAUGGUUCCCGGGAGUCAGUAUCAAUUCCAGUCAGGGUGAUGGAAGGUGUAGAUCUGAGCGCCGAUACCAGCACAGUCAUCAGGCCUGUCCACAGCUCCAUCUUAGGGGAGAAGUACUGCUUUGAGGUGAUAAAUUCGGAGAACACCCACUGCUUCGGCUGCUCUUCGGCUGCUGAACGUGACAGAUGGAUUGAAGAUCUGAGACGGGCGGCCCAGCCCAAUAAGGACAACAUUGAGCGUACAGAGAACUCCCUGAGCCUGUGGGUUAACGAAGCCAAGGAUCUGCCACCCAAACGGAGUUACUACUGCGAGAUGCAUCUGGAUGGGACCCUGUUCGCUCGCACUAGCAGUCGAGCUGUUGGAAAGGCAGCCAACCGCUCCAGCAUGGCUGGAGACAACUCCACCGGGUCAUCGGGAAACACAGGGGCCGGUGGAGGCGCAGCCGGAGGGGGUCAACUGUUCUGGGGUGAAUUCUUCGAGCUCGACAACCUGCCUUCUGUCUCUCAAAUCAGUCUCCACCUUUUCCGUGAGGAAGACUCCAAAAAAAAGCGCCACUCCAGAGACGAGUCAAACCUGCACCCACUGGGCAGCGUGGAGAUCCCUCUAUCUGACAUUCGAGGGAGGACCUAUAAGGAGAAGUGGUACCUCAUCACUCUGCACAAGACUUCAGCAGGAAACAAAGAGCAGCUGGGUCCUCAGGCUUCUCUCCGCAUCAAGGCUCGAUUCCAGAACCUGAAAGUGCUGCCCAUGGAGAAGUACAAGGAGUUUGCAGAGUAUGUGACAGUGGAUUAUGUGGAGAUGUGUCCAAACCUGGAACCACUUCUGAAUGUGAAGGAGAAAGAAGAGCUGGCAAGAGCUCUGGUCCAUGUACUUCAGAGUAUCGGCAAAGCCAAGGAAUUCCUGUUUGAUUUGGGCAGAGCUGAAGUCAAACGGCUUGAGGAGAAAGAAGCAUUGAUCUUUAGAGAAAACACUUUAGCCACCAAAGCCAUCGAUGAAUACAUGAAGCUGGUUGGUCAGAGAUACCUCAUCGACACCCUCGGAGAUUUUAUCAAACGACUUUACAAUUCAGCCGAGAACUGUGAAGUCGAUCCUCGUAAAUGUCCUCCUGCUGAGCUUUCAAGCAACCAGCAACACCUGAGGGAAACAUGUCAGGAGGUGGUGCAGAAGAUCGUAGAGAUCCAGGGACUUUUUCCUGAAGAAUUAAACAAGAUCUUCUCAAGCUGGAUGGAAAUGUGUGAAGACCAGGGCAAAGCAGAAAUUGGCCAGCGGCUCAUCUCCGCUUCCCUCUUCCUUCGCUUCCUGUGUCCAGCUAUUCUGAGUCCAUCCCUUUUUGGUCUAAUCCAACCUUAUCCAGAAACGAACACACUGCGUACCCUGACCUUAACCGCUAAAGUCAUCCAGAAUUUGGCCAAUUUCACCCAGUUUGGAGAGAAGGAGGAGUAUAUGUUGUUCAUGAAUGACUUCUUGCAGCAGCACUGGGACGGAAUGAGGGGUUUUCUGCAAACGGUGUCCAACGAGGACAGUGAAAUCCCAAUGACGUCUUUUGAUGGAUAUGUAGAUCUGCCCCUGCGUUUAGCCGUGCUACAUGGGCUGUUGGUGGACAUCAUCCAUAAGAAAGACCAGGAAACGAUUGACAAGCUGCAUCCUCUGCCUUCAAUUCUGAAUGAGAUUACAAAAUCACUGGGUCCUGAAGUCCCUCGGAUCAUUAUUAACAGCCAAACAGAAAGUUCCAAACCAGAAUUCGUUCCUCCCAAAGAUGUGAAGAAGCAGCCAAUGUUUCCCAAAGCCCAUCGAGACCGGAACAUGAUGAAGGGAAAACCACUGGCCAGAACUCAGAGCGCUCCACACCGACCUCACAGUCACAUUAAACCACCCCUGAGGAGGCAGACGAGCUCUGAAGCUCUGCCAAUGCCUGAACACCAAGCGGAUGUGGAACCCAACCAGCCAGUCAUCACACCACCAAAAACUAGCGUAAGCAUCAAGAGUCCUCCAGCACCCGUUCCGUGGAUUGUGAAUCCCAACAGGGAGCCCGGUAAAAUGAAGAUACAGAAUGAGCAGCUGAGCUUACUGGACAGGCAUGCUCAGGAGCUGUCUGAGCUCCGUCUGGGUAUAGAGCAGGUGACAGAGCGUGAACUGGACAUGGCCAAGCGCCUGGAGGACUUCAUCAUCCAGAUUCAGGACCAGAAUGCAAUGCUGCAGGGGGAGGUCACUGAGCUGCAGAACCAGCUGGCUGUGCGAGACGAGCAGCUCGCCAGCGCCACCUUCAGGUUGGGUGUGAUUGAGGAAGAAAGGGAGGAAGAUGAGAGGAAGCUAAAUAUUGCUCUUGCAGCAGCUGAAAGAAUGAAUGUGCUGGAGGAGCAGUUUGCGAGCAUGGUGAGGGAGCUUCAACAGUUGAAUGAGAACUCCAACAGCUGCCAGAAGAAGAGCCAGAACUCUGAACAGCCUCACAUCAACAGCAACUGAGCUCAGAGAAAAUGACUUAGCUUCAGUUUUGUAUAAAUGCACAUAAGGAGUCGAGGAUUUAUCAGUCUUCCUAACUUUUAUGUAUCAACAUCAUUUCUGUUUGACUUUAAACAUUUCCAAUAAACAAGAAAGUACCUAAUUUACUUUUGGUAUGUUUUAAAGGAGAUUGCAACUUUUUAAAUAAAGUUAUAAUAGUUCAUUUUCGUAAAGUUUUUUGCAGAAAAUCCCUCUCACAUAAAGCUAUCUCAGGUUAUAUUCAUGACAUUUUCAGUGCCAUCCAGAAUGAGCCGUUUCAGGGCUCUAUCACUUUCAGGGAGAAAAGCCUGCAUCAAUGCAGACUUGAGUGAAGUGCGAAUCAAUGAUGCAAAAGGGGCAUGAUCAACCUCUGCACUUGAGAAUUGGGACACCAUACGUAUUCACCCCUGGCCAGGAUUGCGCAAUUGAAGGGCGCAAGUGUGGAAAUGUUAGAAUUGGGAUAAUUUGGACACUGAGGGCAAGCUGUGGUUACUAACAGAUCAUUCAAGCAGUUUGAGCUUCUUUUUUUUUAUCACUGAGCAAAAUGAUAUUUCUGUACUUUAUUUUGCUGGUUGAAUGGGGGAAGUGCUGUGUCAUUUAGCUGCUUGGUCAAACGUGUUAAUGGAGCUGCAUAAGACACUUGAGCAGGUGCCCAGCUUCACUAGACUGGCUUGCCAGACUUGUCCUCUAUUUAAUUCUACACAGAAGACGAGUCUGGAUACUAACAGGCAGAGAGGCAGAUGAGGGGCGGGACUAGCCAGCUCAAAAAUAACAAAUCAGAAAAAAGGCGGAAAUGCCACCUGUACCGCGCGACGCUGUAGUCAAAAAUGGCGUCUGGCAACGGAAAAGAACAGAGGAAAGAGCCGCAGCAAACUCCGCUCCAGACGCCGUCUUCAUUGUUCAUGAGAAACUGAGCAUCGGGGUGUGAGACGUAUGCUGCUCAGCGCUGAUUGGCUCGGUUAGAAUUCUUAGGGGGUGGGGUUAUUUGAAUGGCUCUGAUGUGAGGCUGUAGUCAUGCUGGUCAAUUGUGGAUUUCUGUGGGAGAUUUAAUUCAUUUCCACCAGUAGGAGAAAAUAUGUUUGAGGAAUUUUGGCCUCUUCUGGAUUAAAUAAUCUGGUUACGGGGAGGAGGGGUUUGGCUCGUCUCUGAACAUAAGCGGGAAAAUCACACCAAAUCGGCUGGCGACGUGGCUGGUCAUGAAUGUAAACUAGAUCUAUUAAACCUAAAGGCAUCAGAGUCAAAUCGCUAGCAGUAGCAGUAACAGUUCCAUCUACCCGAUUCCUCUUGCAAAGGCUUAUGUCAUGGCUUGGUCACUCCCGUCAUCAAAGAAUCGUCGGCUAACAGUGCCUACACCACUCUCAGGACAAUCCAGACUCUUUUCACGUGUCAUUCCACAGAUGUGGAAUGACCUACCAAGCACUACCAGAACAGCGGCGUCCAUGUCGAUUUUCAAGAAACUCCUGAAGACCCAGUUCUUCAGAGAGCAUACUCUAAAUUAGCACCCUCCCUGGCUGCACCCGUCCCCCACUCUACUGUCCACUCCUUGUUCACUUCCCUUUAUGAUUCAUUAUGCUGCCUCACUUCCACCUAGGAUUGACUGACUAGUGUUUGUUUGUUUGUUAGCCUCAAGGGCAACCUGCUGGCUUCAUUAUCACUUGUAAGUCGCUUUGGACAAAAGCGUCUGAUA